AUGGCUGACAAGUCCAGUUUGACUCAGGAUCAAGAUUCAUCGCACACCAAGCGAGAUGACAUUGUUCAUAAUGUUGUCGGUGAUGUGGAAGGGGAAGCUGCUGGUCAGCGGAAACGUGGUUGGUUUCACCGAAGCGGUAGGUCUGAAGAACGAAAGCUUUUGCUGAAGCUCGACUUCUUCAUUCUCUCCUGGGCAUGUUUCGGAUACUUCCUCAGACUUUUGGAUGCUUCAAAUCUUCGAAACGCAUACGUGUCUGGCAUGGAAGAGGAUUUGGAACUUUUCGCCGAUCAAUACAAUUAUUUUCAAACGUUGUGGACAAUAGGCUACACAGUUGGCAUGAUUCCAAGCCAAAUCAUCGUUACCCAUGUCCGUCCCUCGAUUUGGCUCCCAUCUAUCGAGGUAACAUGGGCUGUCCUCACCUUCUGCUUUGCCGCUGUCAAGAACUAUAAGCACAUCUAUGCCCUUCGACUCUUUCUCGGACUCACCGAGUCUCCCUUUUAUGUCGGAGGCAUGACACUGCUUGGAAGCUGGUACACUCCCAAGGAGCUGGCCACUCGCGCUACCAUUUUCUACUCGGCAUCGUUCGCAGCCCAAAUGUUUUCAGGAUACCUUCAAGCAGCGGUGUACACUGGACUUGACGGCGUUCACGGAAUACCAGGCUGGAGAUGGCUCUUCAUCAUGUGCGGAAUCAUCAACGUCCCUGGAGCGGUUUGGGGCUUUUUUGCUGUCCCUGAUAGUCCUUAUGACACGCGUGUGUUUUACCUCAACGAAGAGGAGCGAGAACUCGCAAAGUCACGAGUAGUUGAGGUCGGGCGCAAAAGAUUCGAGGGCGUGACCCUUAAAACAUUCAAGAGCGUGCUUAGUCGCCCGUUUGUCUGGGUCUUUGUACUCAACUACAUAUUCUUCUGCAUCGAUACCUAUGGUCUCGACUUUUUUGCGAUCUAUCUGAAAACCCUGAACGAGUACACGGUCCAGGAGAUCAAUGUCAUUCCCACAGCCGCGUACGCAGUCGGUCUCGUCGGCACAAUCUUGUUUGGCCUUCUAUCAGACAGGCUGGAAAAUCGGAUUUGGGUCGCACUCAUCAUUACCUCCUUGAACUUCGUCACAUGUGUUGUCUUGGCCGUAGUUUCGUCAAAGGCGGGUGCGUUCUUCGGGUACCUCGUCAACCCGGCUACCCUCGCCUAUGGGCCUGUAAUCAUCUCUUACCUUGGCGAAACCUUUGGCUCUUUGGCGGAUGAGAGAGCUCUCAUUCUUGGAAUCGCUCAAGCUUUCGGUGCGACUUUCAACGCUUGGGUUCCCCUUCUCAUCUUCAAUACGGGAACACAGACGCCCUACUUUCGAGUAGGCUGGAUAACUUCAUCUGUUUGCGCCGUUGCUCAGGCUGGGGUUAGAUAG